CUGAAAACAACUCAUCCAACAUCUGUAAAGAAACCAGCCCCUGCCUCAACGGUGGUGUCUGUGUGAACAAGCGGACAGCCCCCACUGGCUAUGUUUGUGCGUGCUCCAUGUUGUACACAGGCACCAACUGUAGCCAAGAAAAUCAAGCGAUUCCUUUGAACAAACCUGUUAUCACUAAUAAGCCUCACGCCAUCAUACCCACACCACCAACUGGUCUCAACAUCACCUGCUACGUCGGAUCUACCUGUCGUGUACCUAUCUACAUGGUCGGUCCCCGAUUAGGACCCUUUCCAGGUGUCAACACAAAUGUAUCAUCGCCUGGACUGACGUCAUCAGUUUCUGAUCCCCACCCGGACAACAUUACAGGCACUCCAAGCGGCCUGAGGUCAACUCUUAGUGUCACACCCUCGGAAACAGGCCAGCAUCAUGUGUGUGUGGACAUCAAAGAGCAAAGCGGUGUGAGCUCCGACACUGUUUGCUACCUGAUCAACAGCGUAGCUAAACAAGGGUCGACCAGCAGCGAAAGUACAGUCCAACCUACACACGGAGGAUCAACAUACACUCCUUCACAGAAGGGAGUAGGCCGUUUCGCGGACACUACACCAGCAAACGGCUCACAGAUAGUUUGUCAUUCUUCAAGACCUUGCCGCUUCAUAUCCCACACUGAACAGCCUGCCAACACUCCCUGCACACCUGUUCAGCCUUUCGGUUGGGGAGUGCAUACCUUCGAGACAUUGCGCGAGGAUUCCUCCACCUGUGGCACCGUCAUGUUGAUAGACCCACCCACUCUCGGAAGUCGAGAAGUGUGCACUGAGGCUGGGUUCGGCGGAGAGACACGUUGUUACUCAGUGUCCUUGGUAGACGAUGCAAAUGACCCUUGUGCCGUGAACCCCUGCCACAAUGGAGGACAGUGCAUAAACACGCCUCCAUCUUACGUCUGCGCGUGUCCAGCGCAAUAUUCUGCUAACGGUCACUGCGAUGAGCAAGACACAAGUUCCGUUGAACCGUCUACAUUACUAACUACAUCCGGUGUAGAUCACAGCAGUGUUACCGCUGUCUUCUCAGUUUCUUCUCCCAUGACACCAACAACAGACCAAGUGUCCCUAAAGUGCGCCAUUCUCAACUGUUCUGCGGAUGCCAAAUGUACACUGAUACAGUCCAAACCAAUGUGUCUGUGCCCCCUUGGACAAAGUGGUGUUCAGUGUCUGACAAGAAACGAAAACAUCCCUGUCAACCCAGAUGCUGGUCAGUUAAAUCCUCAUGCAGUGGUACCCACGCUACCAUCGGGUCUGCAGAUUACGUGUGACGUAGGCGACACCUGCCAAGUACCGGUCUACGUCAACGCGAACUCAAGAUUCCCUCUCACUGUGAGCCGGGGACCUUCCUCUCCUGAGGUAGUCACCGAUGUGGCUCAACCAGUAAAGGACAACUCUACUGGCAUUCCUCUUAUUACGUCAUUGCUGUCUGUGACGCCACAGGAAGCUGGCGAUCAUCACGUGUGCGUGGACGUCGCAGGACCCGAUGUUAACACUGUCGACCACAUCUGCUACUUCAUCAACAGUCGACCAAAAGGAACAUCUGUUAGUCCCACAGGAAACCACUUAAGUGGUCGCUUUUCAGUUGGAACUCCUCCAGACGGCACUACAGUCGUCUGUCACGAGGACACGCCUUGUCAUCUGAUCGCCUUGACGCAAAAGAAUUCUAGCGGAAGCUGCAUACCGGUGGUGCCAGCAAGUAGCGGUGUGUUCGUCUUCAAAACCAACCCUAGUCACCAGAACACAUGCUGCUCGGAUGUCCUCUUGGUGCCGACCAACAGCUCACAGAACGUCUGCAUGUCUGUGGGAGCUAAUGGAGAGGUCCGUUGUUUUCAAGUGGAGACUGAAAACAACUCAUCCAACAUCUGUAAAGAAACCAGCCCCUGCCUCAACGGCGGUGUCUGUGUGAACAAGCGGACAGCCCCCACUGGCUAUGUUUGUGCCUGCUCCAUGCUGUAUACAGGCAUCAACUGUAGCCAAGAAAAUCAAACCAUUCCUCUGAACAAACCUGUUAACUCUGAUAAGCCUCACGCCAUCAUACCCACAUUACCAACUGGUCUCAACAUCACCUGCUACAUCGGGUCCACCUGUCGUGUACCUAUCUACAUGGUCGGACCCCGAUUAGGACCCUUUCCAGGUGUCAACACAAAUGUAUCAUCGCCUGGACUGACGUCAUCAGUUUCUGAUCCCCACCCGGACAACAUUACAGGCACUCCAAGCGGCCUGAGGUCAACUCUUAGUGUCACACCCUCGGAAGCAGGCCAUCACCAUGUGUGUGUGGACAUCAAAGAGCAAAGCGGUGUGAGCUCCGACACUGUUUGCUACCUGAUCAACAGCGUAGCUAAACAAGGGUCGACCAGCAGCGAAAGUACAGUCCAACCUACACACGGAGGAUCAACAUACUCUACUUCACUGCAGGGUCGAGGCCGUUUUGCGGACACCACACCAGCAGACGGCUCACAAAUAGUUUGUCAUUCUUCAAGACCUUGCUGCUUCAUAUCCCACACUGAACAGCCUGCCAACACUCCUUGCACACCUGUUCAGCCUUUCGGUUGGGGAGUGCAUACCUUCGAGACAUUGCGCGAGGAUUCCUCCACCUGUGGCACCGUCAUGUUGAUAGACCCACCCACUCUCGGAAGUCGAGAAGUGUGCACUGAGGCUGGGUUCGGCGGAGAGAGACGCUGUUACUCAGUGUCCUUGGUAGACGAUGCACAUGACCCUUGUGCCGUGAACCCCUGCCACAAUGGAGGACAGUGCAUAAACACGCCUCCAUCUUACGUCUGCGCGUGUCCGGCGCGUUAUUCUUCUGACGCCAGCUGCGAUGAACAAGACACAAGCUCCGUUGGAACUUCUUUAACAGACGUGCAUUACAGUGGUGUUACUGCCAGCUCCUCAUCGCCUUCUGGCACAGAAGUAACAGAAUCCACAGAGUGUAGCAUCAGGAACUGCACAGCACGUUCUGUGUGUAGAGUCGUGGGGACAACAGCAAGUUGCUUCUGUCCGCUGGGUCUGAGUGGUGAUCACUGUGACACAAGAAACGUGGAUAUUCCACUCACGUUCAACGUCCUGACUUCACAGGUGCCCCACGCCGUGGUGCCCACGCCAAGGACCGGCAUGAGAAUACAGUGCGCCGUUGGACAGACAUGCCAUCUUCCUCUGUACCUUGCAGGAAACCAGACAUCUGCUGAUAUCCACCCAGAACUGGCUUCGGGUCAGGUGUCAACAUCUGUAUCUUCGCUAACCGAGGUUAACGCUGCCGGCAUUCCAGUUCUGAUGUCUGUGCUGUCCGUCACAUCCCACCACCCCAGGCGACCAUCCUGUUUGCGUGGAAAUAUCGGGGUUAAAUCCGGGAAUAAAACUGACCAGGUUUGUUACAUCGUUUCCUCUGAAACAGUUACCGUUUCGACUCCCUCAAUGACUCCAGUGCACGGAGGUCAUUUUGCAGCUUUGGCGCCUCCACAUGGCGCAACAAUAUGGUGUCACGUGGACCAGCCCUGUCACGUUCUUUUUCAGAGCGAGAUGAAUACAUCAGGAAACUGUAUUCCAGUACAAGCCAGAUCGAGCGGCGCUCUUGUUUUCCAAACGACUUCCCUCAAUAACAGUACAUGCGGUUCGGACGUGCUGCUGACACCAGACAACUCCUCGCAGACCGUCUGUCUUGCUGUGGGUAAGACUGGUGAUCAGCGGUGCUACCAGAUUGAAACAAUAACUAACAAAACUGACCCGUGUGCGCCAAACCCUUGCCAGCACGGUGGCGCGUGUAUUGUAAAGUCGACUGGUCCUCCAGGAUACCUUUGUGCCUGUCCUGUUUCUUUUCAUGGAAUAAAUUGUUCAGAAGACAUGACAUCAACUCGAUUUGCUACAAGCAGCACAUCUGGCUUACAGAGUGAAAAUGCUACAACCCGUGCGGCGAUAUCAGGCUCCCAACAAUCUACAAAGGAAGUCUCUGACUUAAGUUCUCAGAAGACAAAUAGUUUAAACUUUCAAAAGUCGACCUCUCCUAGUUUAGCAUCUCCACAAUCGACCACUCCCACCUCAGACUCUCAGCAAUCGGUUUCUCCUGGAUCAGGGUCUCAAGAGUCGACCUCUCCCAGCUCAGUCUCUCAGCAACAGGGGUCUCCUGGCUCAGGAUCUCAACAAUCGACCUUUUCUGGCUCAGGAUCUCAACAAUCGACCUCUCCAAGCUCAGUCUCUCAGCAACAAGGGUCUCCUGGAUCAGGAUCUCAACAAUCGACCUCUCCAAGCUCAGUCUCUCAGCAACAAGGGUCUCCUGGAUCAGGGUCUCACCAAUCGACUUCUUCUGGCUCAGGAUCUCAACAAUCGACCUCUCAAAGCUCAGUCUCUCAGCAACAAGGGUCUCCUGGCUCAGGAUCUCAACAAUCGACCUUUUCUGGCUCAGGAUCUCAACAAUCGACCUCUCCAAGCUCAGUCUCUCAGCAACAGGGGUCUCCUGGCUCAGGAUCUCAACAAUCAACCUUUUCUGGCUCAGGAUCUCAACAAUCGACCUCACCAAGCUCAGUCUCUCAGCAACAAGGGUCCUCCUGGAUCAGGAUCUCAACAAUCGACCUCUCAAGCUCAGUCUCUCAGCAACAAGGAUCUCAACAAUCGACCUCUCAAAGCUCAGUCUCUCAGCAACAAGGGUCUCCUGGCUCAGGAUCUCAACAAUCGACCUUUUCUGGCUCAGGAUCUCAACAAUCGACCUCUCAAAGCUCAGUCUCUCAGCAACAAGGGUCUCCUGGAUCAGGGUCUCAACAAUCGACCUUUUCUGGCUCAGGAUCUCAACAAUCGACCUCUCCAAGCUCAGUCUCUCAGCAACAAGGGUCUCCUGGAUCAGGGUCUCAACAAUCGACCUUUUCUGGCUCAGGGUCUCAACAAUCGACCUCUCCUAGCUCAGUCUCUCAGCAACAAGGGUCUCCUGGAUCAGGAUCUCAACAAUCGACCUCUCCAAGCUCAGUCUCUCAGCAACAAGGGUCUCCUGGAUCAGGAUCUCAAAAAUCGACCUCUUCUGGCUCAGGAUCUCAACAAUCUACUUCUCCUAGCACAGGCUCUCAGCAAUCGGCCUCUCCUGGUUCUACCUAUCAGCAGUCUACAAGCAGCGGCUUAGACUUGAGCUCUCAACAGUCUACUAGCAAUACCUCUGGCUCAGGCUGGAACCAGUCUGCAAGCACCGAGUCCAUGGUUAGCCAAACAUCAGGCAAUUUGAACACUGGAAUGGAGACAUGGGGUUCUAGUACACCAAACAGUGCCGUCUAUUACGACUAUUCUUCCAGUACCAAGCGCGACUCUUAUUCACACAUCGCACAAUCAACUGACCAAAGUGGUUUCAACAAUUUGUCCGCACAAUGUGCUGCAGAACGACAAGCUUUUAAACAAGCUGCACUAAAAGGUAACGUGCGCUGCACGUGCUACAACCCUGUGACCAACACGUCGCAUGUCGUCAUCAGGCCCCGCGUGUCCAACGAGCGCCUACUGCGGGUGGGGGGUAUUGGCGCCGCCUCCUCCACCAGCCUCAUCCUUCUCGCUGCCAUGGUGUAUUAUCUGGUGCGCAGACUGAAAGGCAACAACCUCAACCAAGUCGACAACAAUCCCAAAGCUUUUUACGCCCGACGGCAAGGCAAGAGUAAGAACUGGGCUGGCGGCCACUAAGGGAAGUGGGCGUGCAUACCAGAGGA